AGCUCGCGAGCUGAGCGCAAAACCCGUCAGCUGCUCGCCAGUCUUCUCCGUGACGUUCGUAAGAAACUAUCGAAAUUGUUUACGAUACUAGUUUUCGCGGUAUCUAUAUCACGGUUCUAUGCGUGUCAACCCGUCUUAUCGCUCUAACGAUCGAACAAGUCCGUAUGUGUGUCGUGAUCGAAGAACGAUAGAUCGUGCGCCGGCGAUCGAUCAAUUACGCCAUUAACCGCGACCGCGUUGUAACGUAAUUCGUCAAGCGACUGUCUUGGUGAUAAGAACGAUAAUGGAGGCUACCUGCAACGAGCUUUUUCCGAGGAAACUGAUCGGGAGGAUCGGCGAACGAUCGAUCAAGGAUCUUCGAGUUUGAUUCGAAGCUGUCAUUCGCGUGUCUUUCGAAAAUGGGACUGGCAGGUAAACGUUUUCGUCCGAUAUUUUCGAUCAGUUCCGGAAUUUUCGAUAGUUCGAUCGUUAGUAGCUUCCUUGCACUUUUUUUAUAACACAGCAAUUUAUUAUUCGAAACAAAUGAAAUUAAUUCGAAAAUUUAAAAAAGUAGUGCGAGUUGAUGUUUGUUGGCCGUGACGUAACAUGCAUUUACACACACACGGUACACAAAUUAAACAAAUUUCGAGUUAAGAAUUUGUUAAUUAAAUAUUUGAUGCCGAUCUGAGCAUGGGUGCAGGCGCAGCGGGGGGUUCGGUCCUCGGUCUGCCAGGAUCGGGUGUGGGUGGCGUGCUCUCCCAACACUGCGCCAUUUGUGGAGACCGCGCCACUGGAAAACACUAUGGCGCCGCUUCCUGUGAUGGAUGCAAGGGUUUCUUUCGACGGUCGGUCAGGAAAAACCAUCUUUAUACUUGCAGAUUUAGUAGAAACUGCGUAGUGGACAAAGACAAAAGAAACCAGUGCAGGUACUGCAGAUUAAGAAAAUGCUUCAAAGCCGGCAUGAAGAAGGAAGCCGUACAGAACGAAAGGGACCGGAUAAGUUGUAGAAGGCCGAGCUACGAGGAGCAGACGAACAACGGAAGCGGACUCUCGGUUGUUUCCCUUUUGCAGGCUGAAAUGCUCAGCAGGCAAGUUGGCGCCGCUCUCGAGCUAGGCAGUCCGGGUAACGAUAUCGACCUGAGCACCAAGCAGAUCGCCAACAUAAACGACGUCUGCGACAGCAUGAAGCAGCAACUUCUGAUCCUGGUCGAAUGGGCCAAGUACAUACCCGCGUUCAGCGAGUUAACUCUGGACGAUCAGGUCGCCCUCCUAAGGGCACACGCUGGAGAACACCUUCUCCUGGGUGUCGCCAGGCGCAGCAUGCAACUGAAGGACGUUCUUCUUCUGGGUAACAACUGCAUCAUCACUAAGAACUGUCCUGUCAUAUCUUUGUCCACAGAGGGCCGCAACCAGGACCUGGACAUCAGCAAGGUCGGCAUCAGGGUAAUGGACGAGCUGGUGAAGCCUUUGAACGAAGUGCAAAUCGACGACACGGAAUUCGCUUGUUUGAAAGCCAUUGUCUUUUUCGACCCCAAUGCGAAGGGCUUAAGCGAACCACAGCGAAUCAAGCAACUGCGCUACCAGAUCCAGAUUAAUUUGGAAGAUUAUAUCAGCGAUCGACAGUACGAUAGUCGUGGUCGAUUCGGCGAGAUACUUUUGACUUUACCAGCUCUGCAAUCGAUCUCCUGGCAAAUGAUAGAACAGAUACAGUUUGUGAGGCUGUUCGGAGUUGCACAUAUUGAUAAUUUGCUGCAGGAGAUGCUGCUGGGUGGUGCGACGGCAGAAAUAAAUGGUGCUACGACACCUAUACCGAUCUCAAACGCACCGGAAAGUUACGUGAGCAGCAACGAAAGUCCUAGCAGUCCUUUAACGCCGGCCAAUGCACCGCCGUUGAGUCCUCAAGAUCACAUGCUGACUGGCGGAAGUCCUGUUAUGAUUCUGAGGGAUCUUACGCCUAUACAGGGCCAAGAAGAUGUGACUAGUGUAACUGGAUUUAGAAUGUUCAAGCAAGAACCCAGUCUCGAAAGUGAAUCCACCUUUUAAGGAUAUUUGGACGAGUGGGAAACAGUGGAAAGAUUCUGCAACGCUGAUCAGUUAAACUUAUAAUUUGAUACAAAACUGGGAGAUUUUUAAGGAACCUUCAAAAUGUAAAAGAGCUAGGAAGUAGCUUAACCUAACCUAUGCAGCAGCAUUGUAGAUUCCAGGGUCACAAUCCUCUUAAAUUUUCUAAUUGUAAAACUUAUGGUGUUAAAGAUUGCAAAAGGCUUUCGAUUACACGAAGAUUACUGUUAAGAAAUGUACAAGACUUUCACUUAUGUGCCACGAGAGAAUCAGGAUCUUUAGAUAACGAUUUGUAAUUGUUGAAUUAAGAAUCCGAAUUUUAACGAUAUGUUAAAAUACGUUUUGAAAAAAU